CUUACGGCGUGCUGGUGACGUUUACGACAACCGUCCGUUGGAAGCGGUUUGAGUUUGCAGAUUAAAAUAAUGGAAACUCUAAUUGGCCUUCCGUUUGCAGUAUUGGAAUGUCCAAAUAUUAAACUUAAAAAGCCGUCCUGGUUGCACAUGCCUUCUGCAAUGACUGUGUAUGCAGUCGUGAUUGUGUCCUAUUUUCUCAUCACCGGAGGCAUAAUCUAUGAUGUUAUUGUUGAACCUCCCAGCGUUGGCUCAAUGACGGACGAACAUGGUCACCAGCGACCGGUAGCGUUUUUGGCAUAUAGGGUGAAUGGGCAGUACAUCAUGGAAGGUCUUGCUUCCAGCUUCCUCUUCACAAUGGGUGGCCUUGGCUUCAUCAUCCUGGACCGCUCCAAUGCACCCAACAUUCCUAAGCUCAACCGUUUCCUGCUGCUGUUCAUUGGUUUCGUGAGUGUGCUUCUGAGCUUCUUCAUGGCCAGAGUGUUCAUGAGGAUGAAACUGCCUGGUUAUCUCAUGGGUUAAAGCUCUCUUGGGUCUGAAGAAUGACCACAGAUGUACAGGAAACUCAUUCCAGUGCCAAGAAUCAGUUUGAUGCACAGUUUUUUCUUUCUCUAGGGUUUUUUUUUUUUUUGGGGGGGGGGGGGGAUAAUUGUAUGUACCUUGUCCCAAAGGUCUCCAUGUUGCUGACUGCAGUUUAGGUUUACUGAAUAAAUCUAAUAUUAGAAAAAUUAAAUAUUGAUAGUGAAGGGACUGCUACAAUGAUCAAAAUCCAUUUUGAUAAGGAAUCUCUCCUUAUGCACUUGUUUUGUAGAAAGCUGGAAAAAAUCUUUCAACUGUCAUGGGCUGUUUUUCUAUAUAAAAAGAAAAUAAAACAUCUUUCCAUAACAUUGA